UGGUGGAUGAAGUUGAUUAUUGUGGGUUUUCCCCACGUUUCUUUCAGUUCCCUCUGUCCCUGUCAACGUUUAAGGUUAAAGCACUUACUGAAGUCUUUCAUUUUAUACCUGAGGAUCAGCUCGUUAUCCUUCCGGACGGUUUGUGUUAAGGUUAAGAUGUCUGACUCUGAGACUCGGUACCAACCGCUCCUUGGAGCUCCCAGUCAGCAGGCAGCUGUCAAUGUACCAGAACAGGGCGGUCGUUCCUCCCGGGCCUAUAAGGUGGCGGGUAUCACCCUGCUGGCCUGCAUCCUGAUUGCGGGGCAGGCUGUGAUUGCAUACUUCCUCCUCAGCCAGGGCAGCGACAUCAAAUCACUGGAGGAGCAAAACAACAAGAUGCAGGUUCAGCUGACCAAGGGGAGAUCUGUGGCUUCAGUUCCCAUGAGGAAGCACAUGCCAAUGAAUGCUUUGCCUGAUUUGGUGGCAUUCUCAGAGGACAAGGACACUCCAGCUGGGCCCCCACCAAAAACUGUGGACACUGACUGCCAGCGGGAGGCAUCUGGCCAGACACCCUCACGGGUGCCUGGUUUCAGACCCAGCUGUGACGAGCAUGGUCUCUAUCGCCCCCAGCAGUGCUACAUGGAGAACUGCUGGUGUGUGAACCCUGUCAGUGGCAUGGUGAUCUCUGGACCCCCGGCCAACUGUGAUGAGAACUUCCUCAUUGGGGGCCGAACCAAAAUCCUCGCUCUGCCUGAUGCUGAUGAGUAAAGCUGUGGGAACUUGAAGGUGGGGAAAUCUCCAGAGACCAGCAUCAGCUCACUGUCUGGCCAAAAUAUAUCGCAACAACUUUGUCAGCUUAUAAUCACCACCCUUUUAAUAGUAUGUGAUGUGCUAGUUUGGUUAUAUAUGGCGCUAAUUUUAACCAAUUCCCUUUUGAUUUACAUCGUUUCCUUACUUUUUAUAUUGCUCUUAAAAGUGAAACCUUUUAGACAGUUUGUGCAUGUUUUGACUUCAGGUUAUAAUACAAUCUGUCUGACCAGUUAUUUCUGUGCCCAAAGGAAAAAAAUCCCAAUAAUUUAACAGAUUGUGGUUGGAUGAAAAUUUUUCAUUAAUUGUUAAAAGAUUUGAAGGACAGAUAAAAUGCUGAAACAUGUUGAUAGAAAAACACAACAUUCCCACUGCCCCAUAACAAUUAUGUUUUAACAUAUUAAGAAAACACACAGUCACCUAAAUUUGACUAUCUAAAGCUAAGGGGAUGACAAUCUGAUAAUAAAAAAAACACUGACUCAAACUUCAACACAAUCAGCAACCAGGAAUAAUGAAGCUUUGAAACAACUGUUAUUUUAACCAAUUUAUUUGAAAGACCCAAAUAAAACUCUGAAAGACA